UCGUCUUGUCAUGUCCAGUCAUAAUGUAUUGUAUUGUAUUAUUUUGUUAAUUUAUUAUCAUAUCAAAUCGUGGAAAUCAUUCUCAGUCUGAAGAACCGAACCUUGUCAGCGAAAUCAUCAAGCCCACUUAUCAAGGAGCAAGAAUAAAUAAUAACAAUAAAAAGAUUUGUAAGAUAAACUAAAAUUCGUGCAAUUUUCUACAUUACAAAGCAUAACCAUGUCAGAACGAGAACCGUUGACCGGUUCGAGCCGAGACUACGGCUCGGCGGCUGCGCCCCCUACCGUAGGGUUCACUGACUUCAGUCCAACGGAACUGUACAAUUUGAGUGAAAGCAUAGCUGAGAAUAUCAAUGCCAUCAAUAGUGGUCUCCGGUCGUUGGAGAAGAUGAUGAAACAAAUUGGAGGGCCCAAUGACAGUAUUCAGCUGAGAGAUAAGAUCCACGACGCGCAGCAGUCUGUGAACGGCUGCGUGUCGGCGACGGCUCGCGAGCUGCAGAGGCUGGACGUGGUGGUCCGGCGCGGAGAUAAGCCGCAGAAGUUGCAGGUGGAACGACUCACGCAGGCCUUCCGGGACUCAUUGGCCAACUACACCUCAGUGCAAAAGAAAGUAUCAGAGAAGAUGGCAGCUCACAUGCCCCGGCAACCGCGGACAAGAAGCAACGACCCUCAUCUGCUGGAGCAGCAGGCCAUCGCUGAUGAUGAAGAGGCGUCGCAGUUGGCCACACAACAAGCCCAGGCUCGAUUAGUACAGUUUGAGACCAGCAUGCUAUUAGAAGAGGAAGCGUACAUGAACAAAAUCGAAGCAGAUGUCCUGGAUGUCAACCAGAUAAUGCAGCAACUGGCUGAAAUGGUACAUGCGCAGGCGCAAGUUGUAGAUUCUGUGGAGAGUCACAUAGAAGCGACAGGCGCUAACGUAGAAGCCGGUGUAGAGGAACUGGCCAAGGCUGAGGAGCACCAGCGUCGGUACCGGAAGAAGAUGUUAAUCCUCAUCCUUAUAGGAGUGAUUGUGGCCAUCGUUUUCAUCGUGUGGAUGGUCAAAGCGUUCAGAUAGGUGAUCUACGCAUGUAUAUAUGACUGCUUUAGUCUAUGGCUAUCACUCUAUGAAACAAGGAUUUAAUUGUUGUCUAUGGUGGAUGUUAUCUGUGGAACAGUCAGCGAUCGUAUCGUCUAUGGUCUUAUUAUAUUUGGAAUUGGAGAUGAGGUUAAUUAAUAACAUCAAUAUUGUAGACAUAUAGAUAAAUGUAUUUUUUAUUGUAAGUAUUCAAUAACUAAAAAGCUUUUAAGGUGAUUUAAAUACGAAAUUAUGGAUCAGCGCCAUCUAUUAGGUGUUUAGAACAACGCUAAAGUCUGAAGUUACUCGCUGUUUCUAAAACAACAUAAAUAUGUCCCAGGAUAGUAUGUAUAUAUUAAUUUUUUAUUACCAUAGGUCUGAAUAUA